GCGCAUGCGCGGAGAGGCGCGCAGCCUGUACGCGGUGCGGAGAGAGCGGAGGAGCGGUCUCAGAUUGCGGGCGUCUGGGCUUUAAAAGCGGGCGUCACCUCGCGGCUCCGCAUCAGCGUCUCCAGGCGAGAGAAGAGCGGCGCGAGCGGCACGAGCUGCAGAUUAAUCUUUUGCCAUGAUGUCGCUGCAGAAGCCUCCCCUCAGACGCAGCGCAUCGACCAUAGAAUCCACCAAUCACAGCGGCCCUCUGCUGACCCCGCCCACCUCGCUCAACUUACGCUCCUCCCACAACCAGCAGCUCAGCUGCGACACCAUUAAGGAGGGCGUGGUCGCCGUUUCCAAGGAAACGCAGAGUUCAAAGAGCCGACAGAAAUAUGCGCUGACCAACAUCCAAAAUGCCAUGGGCUUGAGCCAAAACCCCGCCCCUCUGACGCAAAGCCACGCCCCUUUCGAACGAAAACCCGCCCCCACAAAAUCCGCCUCGUCCUCGUCCCUCUACUGCUCCUCGCUCUCCUUCUCCACCUCCAAUCCCAAACUGGCCAAAAACGGCACCAACCUGCAGCUGAAAGAGGAGCAGCUGGACCUCAACAAGAACGACAAGAACCUGGUGAGGAGCAGCUGGGACUGGCUCGAGGGGAAGGACAACCAGAAGAACCCCAUCCGGAGGAGGACCAAGAGCUUUCUAGAGUACCAUCGAGAAGAGGAGGCGCCCAACAGCCCCGAAAAAGACACCCAGCCCGAGGAGAAGCACCUCCUGCCCAAACCAGAGGCGCAGACCUGGGCCAAAGAGAACCAUGUGGAGGUGCACCUCACUCUUCCUCAGAACCACCUGCUCCUACUGGCCAGUGAGGAAGAGGAGGAGGAGGAGAGUCCCGGAGAGACGCUGGAGGUCCACGAGCACUCGCUCCGGCCCAACAACGAGCGCCUCGGCCUGCGCCUGAAGCUGAGAGGAGACGAGCCGGAGGAGUCGCCCGAACGCCCGGCCAGACCCGAGAAGCAGGAGGAGGAGGAGGAGGAAGAGGACUCCAGCUGGACCACGCUGUCCCAGGAGAGCCCGUCCGUGGAGACGCCUCAGGACACAGGUGUUUGGGAAGAGCCUCCUCAGGUUCAGGACGUGUCUCAGGAGUAUUUCUGGCGUAUUUCAGCUGAUUCCACUCCUCGAGAGCAGCCUGUGUCUGGCGACGCCCACUCUGACCAGGAGGCGGAGCCGAGCCUGAAGGGGGCGUGUCUUCCCGUGCCCUGCACUAAAGCACAGACUGAGCGGCCCAGCAGUAUCGUGUCGGACAGCUCUGUUGAACCGGUUCCUUCAUCAGCAGCCUCUUCACCCUCCUCUUCCUCUCUGUGUUACGAGGCGAUGGGCCGCGCCGCCGGGUUCCUCAACAACAACUACCUGGUAAACACCGACAAUAACACCGAGACCACCGACACCGCUUCGGCCUCAUUAGCAGCGCUCACUCUCUCCGUACAGGACCUGACAGAGACCUGCGAGUCCCGCGAGCGCCGGCGCGAGCGAGAGAGAGAGAGAGAGAUGAGCCGAGCGAGUCUGGGAGCUCACGGCGGACCGUACAGCUUCAUCAACCACAGAGCCAAAGUCCCAUCAGCCCCUGCAGACACCGUCAUCCCCAUCGACGACCCCGAGACGCAGGUGUUUGGAGUGUGUUAUCUGGGCUGGCUGGAGGUUCGAGACGCAGACAUGACGUCUUCGAGGAGCGGAGCGGUGCUGAGUGACUGUAUCCAGCAGCUGCAGCAGCGAAGAGAGACACAGAGACCGAGGACUCAACACAUGCUGCUGGUGCUGCAGGACAUCACCCUGACCCUCAUUGACCCCGCUGACCACACCCUCCUGCACUCGCAGCCAAUCGGCUGCAUCCGCGUCUGGGGAGUGGGGCGGGGCUUCAGCAGGGAUUUCGCGUACGUGGCCCGUGACAAGAACACGCGAGUGCUGAAAUGCCACGUGUUUCAAUGUGACAGUCCCGCGGAGAGCGUCGCCAGCAGCCUGAAGCAGAUCUGCUCGAAGAUUAUGGCUGAUCGCAGGAGCGUCGGUCCGGUCGCUGGCUCCUCGUCUCAGAUCAGCUCUGAUGUUCCUCUGAGAGUAGAGUUUCCAACACCGAAGACUGACCUGCAACACAGUUUCCACGUGCUUUACCUGGGAAUGACGUCAGUGCUGCGACCUAUAGGGAUGGACAUGAUCAAUGGAGCGAUAGAGAGUCUGAUGUCCUCCGCAGGGAAAGAGGACUGGACCCCCGUCCUGCUCAACGUCGCAGACGCCACCAUUACUGUCAUCAAAGAAAAGGAAGAAGAGGAGGAAGUCAUAGUGGAGUGCCGCGUGCGCUUCCUGUCUUUUAUGGGCGUGGGGCGAGACGUCCAUACGUUUGCGUUCAUCAUGGACACGGGGAACCAGCACUUCCAGUGUCACGUGUUCUGGUGCGAACCCAACGCCGGGAGCGUGUCGGAGGCCGUGCAGUCGGCCUGCGUGCUGCGGUAUCAGAAGUGUCUGGGGAAGUCCGGCUCCUUGACUCCGCCCCCUACCGACUCCGUCACCCGCCGCGUAACGUCCAGCGUCAAGCGCGGCGUCCAAUCAAUUAUAGACACUCUGAAAAAGAAACCCGCCCCCGAGGUUCCCCACCAAUGACGGAGCAGAACGGCUGUGACGGACAGCAGGUGUGUGUGUGUGUGUGUGUGUGUGUGUGUGUGUGUAUUUACUGAUGCAAACAAGAGAAGAGAAACACAGGCCAACGUAACACUAAAAAGCGGGGCGAGAUGAACGAACGGCGCUGAACGAAGCAUGCGUCCGCCUCACACUAACACACUCUCACUCAGUGUUCACGUGUCACGCUCAGAUCCGUCUUCGCGCGCGUGACCUGGAUUCAGCGCGUCUCAUUUCGAACCCCCCGCUCAUUCGCACGCUUGGGGAAAUUGGAUCCUUUGAGAGAAAAAAAAAGUUCUCCCUCCCCAAGAAAUUUCGAGCGAAUUUUCCGCUGCCGGAGAGCGCGUGGCUCUGGCUGAUCCGUCAUCUUCCAUCGUGAUGCUCGGUGGGGAUGUUGUAAUGCUCGCUGUGCUUCUGUAAAGGAGAGCGGAACGGGCCUUUUCUAGUCUCCUUCAGUUCAACCCUGCCGUCUGAAAGAGUCCCUGCGUGAGGACGCAAACGCGUGCUGCUUCUGUACAAACUCAACAUGAUCCGUGCUGGCGAGGACAGCUGAAAACUAUUCAACGUGUAUAAAUACCACAUUUACGCGGUUUUGUUUAAUGUCCAUUUUUUUUAAACCUUUAUACAAAAUGUAUUUAGAUCUCAUGCGUUUCAUUUGAUUUUUUCCAUCUGGUGUUUAUGGCUUAUAUAGUGAUGAGAAAGUAAAAAUAUGAAUUUGCCUCGAACGCUGAUAUCCCUAUGAGGAGAUAGUGAUGCUUGUGAAUCAGUGAGAUCUUUCUGAAAUCAUCUAAGUAUAUUAGUCGCUCUGUAUCUCCGGUAAAUGAUGCUGAGGAAAUAAAGUCUCCUCAGAAGAUGCGAGAUGUUUUGGAGGAAGCUCCUCAAAAGAUCCUGAUGAAAACGAUUGAUGGAGAAUCAGUAAGAGUUGAUCUGGAGAUACGACUGACCUUUACUUGAUCGGAAUCCAUUGAUUUAAUGCUAAACGUUUAUUAUAAAAAAGGUUAACAAAAUACAUUUAACAUUGAAAUUUUACUUGAUAACGAAACCGCUUCACAAUAUCAGUAUUGAAUUAACCUUGACUCCGCUUCAGUGUUUUAAAGUUUUGGAGACCUUUUGGCGUAAAACAGCCGCUUCUCGGAUUGAUUUUUAAAUGGUAAAAUACAGUCCCUUGCUUAUUUUUACUUUAAAGAAAUCCCACAUUGUGAAAGUGACCCAGUAAAUGCAACGCCGUCCAAAAAACCCAUUUCUCCUCCGUGAUUCCUUGGGAAACGUUAGAAGACAAACGACUCGCACUAACGCCCUCUUCUAGCCGCGCUGGAGAUCCCGAACGCACUCGCAAUGCAUUAUGACUAGCGGAGCGCUGUGAUGCAUGAACAGAGCUUGCUUUGCUAAGAGACUUUGCGUACUUGCGUGGAGCGUUUCAGACGCUCGCCUACACGAGGAAUCCCUGCUAAAGCAUAAGCUUCAGAUAUCAAACACGGGAAUGUUAUUUCUCACAGAAAGGUGUUUCAACCACUAAACGCACUCAUUUUUACACCAUAUUAAUGUAUCAUGUUGUGGAAAUAAAUGACAUCAAAACUAAA